AAGGAGGCAACCGCUUUUGAAAACACUUUACUUCAAACCCAAUUCUUUACGUCUUGUCGCUUACAUUGUGUUGCCUGAGUGUUGCACUUUCAUCGGGAGGUGUUGAGGUGUCCCUGGCAGAGCGGAGGAGGCGGAAACAUCGAAGAAUAACAAGAGAAGUGGAGAAAAAUAGGAUCACCCAGACGACGGGAGAAGGAGGACAGACUUAACCCUGUAAUGAGACGAAGGAGGAAGAGGAGAAUCGAAGAGAGGAGGAGGAGGAGAAGGAAGACAGAAGAGAAGAAAGAGUGAAGAAACAAGAGAUAUUCGGAAUAACAACACUAAAGAUACGAGACUCAAGAUCAACUCAAAAUCGACUCAAGAUCAACUCAAGAUCAACUCAAGAUCAACUCAAGAUCGAUUCAAGAUCAACUCAAGUUCGAAGUUCACGUAUAUAAAGAAGUGGAGUUGGUGCUCGGAUUCAGUGCCCCUCAGGAUGUGACAGGGGGGGAGUGUGUGUGCGUGCUUCUUACUGAUACCUAAGACUUCAUUAAUAGCGGUCUGUGCUGCCUCGGGUUAUGCACACACUGGGCUUUCUGAGGUGGCAGCACGUAGCAUCGACAACAGCAGCAGCAGUAACGACAGUAACAUCAGCAGCGGCAGCACCAGCCCCCCUCCCCAUGUCUUCCCCGCCUGCUCCAUCCUCCCCUGGGCCAGCGCCGCUCACCCACCUCCUGCCACAGAGCUUCCACUGGCUGUAUCAACACUGCCCAGCGUUUCCAAUCAAUGGCUCAAAGGUGCGGGUGAUUGUUGACCCGAGGGAGUUCUACCAGGAGCUGCUGGACAAAGCCAGGGGAGCCAAGGAGAGGAUCAGCAUCUCCUCGCUGUACCUCGGCACCGGCAAGCUGGAGGAGCAGCUGGUGGCGGCAGUGGGUGAGCGGGCGACAGCGGUGGAAGGGCUGCAGGUGCGCUGGCUGCUGGACCACACCCGAGGCUCCCGAGGUCCCCACAGCUCUCGCUCCAUGCUGCGGCCGCUCCUGAUGCAGCACCCACAGUCGUGCUCAGUGUCACUGUACCACACUCCAACGCUGCGAGGGUUGCUGCGUCGCCUCAUUCCACAGCGCUGGAACGAGACGAUCGGCCUCCAGCACAUGAAGCUCUACGUGUUUGACGACUCGUUGGUCAUCUCAGGGGCCAACUUGAGCAACGACUACUUCACAAACCGGCAGGACCGCUACAUGGUGUUUGAUAACUGCCCGGCGCUGGCCGCCUUCUACCACCGCCUCAUAGAGACCGUCAGCCGCCAUUCCCUCCAGCUGGCCACCGACGACUCCACCUCCAUGGGGUCACACACCACUCUCCACCCCUACCUGAGUGACUUCAAGAAAUACUGCUCGGCCAUGAGGGAGUCUGUGCAGCAGCUGUGGAGUGAUGAGUGCAGCAAGACACCACUGAGACUUGGCUUUGACGAGGAGAAUAACAUCUCCGCAAGGACCCAGAGAAGGACUCUGGACAGCUCUGCCCCGCCUGACACAUCCCUCGACACCCUGGUCUUCCCAACGGUCCAGAUGGGUCCCUUCGGCAUCACCAACGAUGGCUACGUGACCAAGAGGUUCCUGAGCACUGCUGAGGAGGGCUCCCGGAUCCACCUUGCUUCAGGCUACUUCAACUUGACGGAGGAGUACAUGCAGUGCGUCCUUGGGGAGUCACAGGCAUCGUACAGCAUCCUGAUGGCCCAUCCUGAGGCUAAUGGGUUCCUUGGUGCCGGGGGCUUCGCGGGGGCCAUCCCAGCGGCUUACACUCACCUGGCACGGCUGUUCUUCGGGCGGGUGAGGGCUGGGGGUCAGGAGCAGCGGUUGAGCCUCCACGAGUACCGGCGCCAGGGCUGGACCUUCCACGCCAAGGGUCUGUGGUACACCCACCCAGGACACUUGCUGCCCUCGCUCACCAUGGUCGGCUCUCCUAACUUUGGGUGGCGGUCAGUCCAGCGAGACCUUGAGAGCCAGGUGGUGGUGGUGACUAGGAACCCGGCGCUGCGCAAGGCCCUGCAUGAGGAGCACAGCCGCCUCUACGCCCAGGGCACACAGGUCACGGAUGACACCUUCACUGUGCCAGGCCGGGCGGUGCCACUCUGGGUGCGCUGUGUCAUGCCCAUCAUCAAGGUCUUCUUCUAGUGACUGGGGAUCGUCAAGCAGUAUUACUUACUUUACUUCCGAGCAAUCAAGACACUUCCCGGUGCUGGACGUUAGUGGUUAAUUUAUUUUCUGUGGUACGCAAGAUCCCUGGCCUGUAACAAGACUAACCUUCCCUUACUCUACUUGUGCUGGUCACAAUUGUUACUGUAUUCCUCUACUCCUGGAAUAUCUUUAUUAAUCUACAUUAGAUUCAUAAUUGUCUGCAGCUACUCGAGCAAGGAUAAGAUUCCACUGCAAUACUACAAAAGCCAUUUUUGAUUUUAAGAAGGAAUAGUUAAUGAUGUUAUAUAGAAGUAUUUUAGUAACAGUCUUGUUUGAAUUUCUCUAACAAUACUGGUUCACUGUGAUGUAAAUAAUAAACUGUACAAACAAU